AUGAAAGAGCAGCCAAAGCAGGCUAAACCAGCUUUACCGGUGCCUAAUUAUGUAUGGCGUAUCUAUAAAAGCGUUCAAAAGGAAGAUGUUGAAUGGGUUCGGCAUUAUUAUCCACACGCAAUCACGGAAUCUGAUAACAGGACGCUGCUGCUUCAGUAUAAUUUAGCUGUGACAGGGCAAAACUCAAGUAAUGAACGAAUUAAACGUGCUGAAUUGAAACUGAAAGUGGAUAAAGAACAAAAUCGAAGGCAUAUCAAGGUUUAUGAGAUUGAUCAGAGGAACAACGAAAUUUGGAGGUAA